GGCAGAUUCUAACCUAUAUUUUGGAGGCAUGUAAAUCAAAUAUUAAAACGUAUAUGAGCGACGCUAAAGUCUAGAAAUACAGAAAUUUUUUAAAAUUUAAGUCAUUUAUAGUUUAUAUAUAAAUGAGAACAUUGUAUUUUAUUAAAUGAGACUAAUAGAAACAGCAAUGGAGAGUAAGAAAUCGCUUAAAGAAGCCAAGAAGAAGAAUCUUCUCCUGGUUCAAGAUGUAAAUUAUGCUAAAAACUUAGCAGCUAAUGACGAAAAAGUACGACGAAGAGCUCUGAAAUAUCUUAAAAAGUAUUUGCAACAGAGAUCUGAAGGCAACAAUUUAACUGAAGAAAAUUUAAAAGUAUUAUGGAAAGGAUUGUUCUUUUCUAUGUGGAUGUCGGAUAAACCUUUAAUUCAGGAAGAGUGUGCUGAGAAUAUAUCACAUUUAAUACAUUCUAUGUCUUUUCAACAUUCAAUGGAUUUUUUUAGAGUGGGAUUAAUUACAUUGCAAAAUGAAUGGUUUGGUAUUGACCAGCAUAGAAUAAACAAAUUUAUGAUGUUUGUGCGGCGAUUUUUAAGACAAGCUUUAUUUGUUUUAAAGAAAUUUAAUUUCAAGAAGCGUCACAAUAAAACAUUUGCAGAAAUACUAGAAAAUACUAUACUUAGCACAUCAGAAACUCCUCCGUUAGGCUUAUUUAUGCAUUUUACUGAAAUUUAUCUUGAGGAACUUGCAAAAGUUUCUGAUGACAAGUUACAAUCUUCCAGAACUUUAGAUUUGUUAAAGCCUUAUAUCGCAAAACUGGCUUUUACAGAUGAUAGAAGGGUAACUGAAUGGAUUGAUAAGUUUAUUUUUACGCACUUGAUGAAACAACACAAACUGGGAUUAGAAUACGAAGAUAAAUAUAAUGUUUGGAAAGCUAAUAGAUUUGAGGGUUCUAUAAAUCAAAUUCAAAAAGUUGUAUUACCAGAUGAUGAGGACGAUGAUGAUGAGUCUGAAGAAGUUCCAACAAUUUCAAAUGAAAAUAAGCCAUUAGAUCCGAGAGCAGGGAGAGUUGAUGUGGAGCUGCCACAAAUUAAAUUUAAUAGUAAAGACAUAUCACAAACAUUUCUGGAAUUUAAAACUGAUUCGAGAACAUCUAAACAUACAAGACAUUUUUUGAAGCAAUGGGCAGAUAGAUUUGAAAAACUCCAUAAAGGAAUAUAUCCUUUAGGAAUCAAAAGAUUAGAAAAAAAUAAACAAAAAAAGGAUGUUGAUAUGAAUGUAACUAAAGCUGCUAAAAAAUUAAUUAAAUUUGAACAAAAAUUAUUGGCUAGAGAUAGAAGAGAAAAUAAAAGAAAAAGAGAUAACAAAAAUAAUGAGGAUGAACCAAUAACCAAAAAAAGGAAAGUUGCUCAAGAAAGUAAGAAAACAGAAAAAAAAAGUAAGCGGAAAGAUGUGGGAUCUUUAGAAAAUGAAAUAAAUAAAGUAGAGAAGAAAGAGUUUGCUAAAUUGAAGCAAAAACUUAAAAAAAGUACAGAAAAUAAACUAUCUGCCAAAAAGGAUUUAAGAAAAGCAAAGAAAAAAGAAGAAAAUGGGAUAUUAAAGGAUAUACCAGAUUUUGACUAUUGUUUCCAAAGAAAUUCUGGAAUGUGGUUUGUGUCAUCACAGGACACGCAAAAUUGCACAUUAUCAAGCACUAGUAAACCAAAGAGAAAAAAUAAUCAAAGGAAGUCUCCGAAUAAUGAAGAUUUACGAGAUCAACCUACUAUAAAUAAUGAAAAUGAUGAUAAUGCGGAAUACGGGAUAUUUAUUCCUUCAAAAAAAUCUAUCAAAAAAUUAAAGAAGACUAAAGCAGAAAAUGAAAUUAAUGAGAUUGUUACCAAGCUUAGAGGUAAAAAUAAGAAAAAUGUUAGUGUUAGUAAGUCUCCAAAAAAUCCUCGAAAAUCGCCUAGCCCAAAAAAGGUGAAAAUUAACACUAAACUCAACGUGUCGCAGGAGAUAGAUGAUCACAUUCAACAAGUGAUUUCGUCGCCACAGAUUCCUUUUGAUAGUAUGAAAAAACCUGGAAAGCCAUUGCUCAAGACGCCUAUUAAAUCGAGCCCUAUAAACCCUUUUUAUAGAAUGAAAAUAUUUUGAGAACAUAUCUACUUUUUUUGUUUUUUAAUCAAAAUAUUUAUACAUAAAUAUAAGUUUACAGU